AUGAAUCCGAAUCUAGAUAAACCGCGGACCUACAGUCAUGCACCCACCUCUAUAAACGGAUUGAAAGGGAAAGGAGGAGACAUGGCGAUGAACUACAACAAACGGCACCUCGAUCUGCCUCUAGAAGCUCGGAUUCACCACGAAAUUCGUUCAGGAACUCAGCCUCUCUUCUUCUCACAAACACCAGCCGUAAAACGACAAAAAGGAGGGUCUGUGUCGACCGACACAACUCUUUUGUGUCGCUCGACACCACCCAAAAAUCACACUUCUCAGGUUUAUGGAUGUUACAACUCUCCCCCACUAAAUUGGAUUCGUCCUCGAAUCCCACAAACGUCACAAAGACCACAAAACCCGACCUCGCAAGGCCGCAACACUGGAGAUCCUCACCUGAUCCCCGAGACAUACGUCAAAUCCUAUGUCAUAAGCACGUUCCAAGAAAUUUUCACUCCUAACUCAUCAUCCAAAACACACAAAACAACUUGUACUGAGGCCCACUUGCACCCAGACAAGUCCACACCGGUCCGCACUGAGGCCCACUUGCACCCAGACGAACCCGAAACUGCCCCAUACUGA